AUGCUACGGAGUUGUAUGCGAGCUCAUGUAUUUCUACUUGCUCUUCUUUUCAGUGUAAUCGCAGUAAAUUGUGAGCAGCACAACACAAAUAUUAAUUCUCGCUUCAACCACCGACAAGGAAGAUGGUUUAGCUGGAAUGUACCAUAUGAACUUGUGGAGAAAGAGUGGUUCGGAUGGAAAGGCCUACCAACAAACGAGAAACACGUUGUGCAGAGCAGAAGCGACAAGAUGGAGAAGCUUUUCGACGACUCGUUGCCCUCUUACGACAACCGAUUCGAGUGGCGUUUUAACCGGCUGUGA